AUGUCAGCUCGCUCGCUCAUCCGUGCUGCCAGGCCACUGCGCACUCUGCCUAUUGCGCUCUCGCGCACUGCCGUCGGCCCUUGCCCCGUUGCCUUGGCCCGCGUUGCCCCUGGCCCGCUCGCCCUCACCCACCGCACGUUCACUUCGACCCCUCCGGCUCGCAGCAAAGACGCCACCUGGCAAUCCCGUGGCAUCGUGAAAUAUUCAGAACUCAAGCCCGAGACCGAAUCUCCUUCUGGUGACAUCACAAUCAUCGACGUCCGUGAACCCAACGAGGUAGCUCAGGGCAUCAUUCCUUCCGCCGUCAACGUGCCCCUCUCGCAGUUCCAAACCGCCUUCAGCGGCAGCGGUGGCGAUUUCGAACGUCAAUUCGCCUUCCGUAGACCGGAGUACGAUGAUAAGGUGGUCUUCUACUGCCGAAGCGGAAAGCGCAGUCAACAGGCGUUGGAGUUUGCCCAGAAGAACGGUUGGUGGAACGUGAGGAACUACGAGGGGAGCUGGCUCGACUGGGUCCAGCAGGAAGAGGCUAGAGGACAGGCUAGCAAGAUCAAGGAGGACGACGACUGA